AUGGAACACAUGGCUCACAUGAAGUCAGUCGGCGGCAAUGAAGAUGACACCCGCAAGUCGUUCAAGAAAUCCAAGGCUCAAGACACCAUUAAACGGCCUUCUAACCUCUCAAAGGUCACUGUCGGAGACAUUCGGUGUCAUCUAGGACUCGAUGGCCCUGAAGGUGAUCAAGAGUGGAAUCGCAUCCGGAGUACACUUCGACGUUGCCUCACAGCUGGAAAAAUUGAGUGGUCUAAGGGGUGGAGAGACCAAAAGCUCCACCGACUUAUUCGUAUUUAUGACGCGGUUGAUGAGGCGUGUCCUGCUAUGCGACAGUUUGAAAACCAAUGGGCCACGCAAUUCCUGGCGAAGGAAUACUUCGCGUCUCACAAGACUUACGGGAGCUGCGCUUUCAACCCCGACACUUGCCGUGGACGGCAUCGAUGCAAGCACCGCGUCGUGUUGCAGUCGCCACCCUCUGGCACAUCACGGUCUCAAACUCCAGUUGCAGGCUCUAGUGGAAUGACAGGGCAGACUCGUAGGGACAACAGCGGUGAGCAGGACAUUGACAUGGCUGCUAUCCCACAAGAUCUGCCACUGCUGACUGACUGCGAGGAUGAGGAGGGGAGUGAAGGUGAGGAGAGGCGGGACGUUAUCGGAAAGGGAAAGGGAAAGGCGGUAGAGCAACCUACCCGUGGCCGCGGACGGGGCCGUGGUCGUCGUCAUUAA